UCUCGCUCUUUCUCUCGCCCGAAAGAGUUCGGCUCAGCCAGGCGCGCUGCGAAGGAAGCAACAGGCCCGCCGGGGAGGAUGGCACCAGCAGCAGCUCUGAGCAAAGUGCUCAUCAGCGACAGCCUGGACCCCUGUUGCAAGGAGAUCCUGCAAGGGGCUGGCAUCGGCGUCCUGGAGAAGAGCGGCCUCAGCAAGGAGCAGCUGCUGGCUGAGAUCAAGGACUGUGAUGGGCUCAUUGUACGCUCAGCAACAAAAGUGACUGCAGACAUCAUUGAUGCUGCUGAGAAGCUGCAGGUCAUCGGGAGGGCUGGCACUGGUGUUGACAACGUGGAUGUGGAAGCUGCUACGAGGAAAGGGAUCCUGGUCAUGAACACACCCACUGGCAACAGCCUCAGUGCAGCAGAGCUGACAUGUGGGAUGAUCAUGAGUUUGGCCAGGCAAAUCCCACAGGCUGCAGCUUCCAUGAAGGCUGGGAAAUGGGAUCGCAAGAAGUUCAUGGGGAUGGAGCUUCAAGGGAAGACACUGGGUAUCCUAGGCCUGGGCAGGAUUGGACGAGAAGUGGCCAUCCGGAUGCAGUCUUUUGGUAUGAAGACCAUAGGCUAUGACCCUAUCAUCACUCCCGAGGAGUCUGCUGCUUUUGGCGUUGAACAGCUGCCUUUGGAACGCAUCUGGCCACUAUGUGACUUCAUCACAGUCCACACCCCACUUCUGCCUUCCACCACAGGGCUGCUAAAUGACACUACUUUUGCUCAGUGCCGACGUGGGGUCCAGGUGAUCAACUGUGCCCGAGGGGGCAUUGUAGAUGAGGGGGCCCUUCUUCGGGCUCUCCAGUCUGGCCAGUGUGGGGGAGCAGCCUUAGAUGUUUUCACAGAGGAGCCACCCAAAGACAAGGACUUGGUAAACCAUCCCAAUGUUAUCAGCUGCCCCCAUCUGGGUGCCAGCACUAAAGAAGCUCAGAGCCGCUGCGGCAGAGAGAUCGCCAUGCAAAUAGUGGACUUGGUCCAGGGUAGGGCACUGGCUGGCACUGUAAAUGGGCAAGCUCUCGGCAGUGCAUAUGCUUCUCAUACAAAGCCAUGGAUUGCAUUGGCUAGAACUCUGGGCAUUGUGCUGCGUGCACUGACCCAGCAAGUGAAUGGAGGCGUGCAGGUUGUCACCCAUGGCUCGACCUUGCAGAAGGCUGGCAGUUACCUGAUUCCUGCAGUGGCCAUGGGGCUCCUUAAGGAAACUGCACAGAAGACCGUGAAUCUGGUGAAUGGGCUGCUCCUGGCACAGGAGGCUGGGCUGAAGAUCACCACCACCCACAAUGACAGGGCCCUGGGUAGUGAAGAGGGACUACUGCAGCUUUCUGCAGGAACCUGCAUGCUUACUGGUUCGGUGCAAGGCGAUGUUGCUGUCCUGCGUGAACUCAAUGGAGCAGUCUUCAAUCACCCUGUUCCUCUCACUGGCACUCUGCUGUUCUACAGGUCUAAGCCCAGUCUGUUACCAACUAUCAUUGGUCUGUUGGGGAAGGCCAAAGCCGAGCUGUUGUCAUAUCACCGUUCCAGCAUCCUGACUGGGGAGGAAUGGAGUGUCACGAGUCUCUCUUCUGCUCUACCAAGCUUGCAGGAACUGAAGCCACAUGUGGCAGAGGCUGUUCAGGUUACCCUUUAAGCUCUGAUGGACAAUCUGGCAGGACCUGAUCCCAUUGCAAUGGAAGCAAAUGUCCCUGAUAUAAAUGUUACACAUUCCAAUAAAGAGAUUUGCAAGGA